AUGGAAGAGUUGGUGAGUGAGAGCAUAAGCUUAUUAGCCAAGCCCUCAAAGGAUAUAGUUGGCCAGAGGCUGGGGUCCUUUGGAGCGGUUUUCAUCAUGCUAAAGUCCGCUCUUGGUGCAGGACUAUUGAACUUUCCAUGGGCUUUCGCGAGAACUGGAGAAAUUCGCUAUGCUGUCACCAUCGAAAUGAUCUCUGUCGUGUUCCUCAUUAGUGGACUGAUCAUCCUGGGCUACUCAUCUUCUAUCAGUGGACAGAGCACGUACCAAGAUGUGGUGCAGCAUCUGUGUGGGCCAGUCAUAGGAAAGCUUUGUGAGAUCUUCCUUGUCUUCAACCUCUUCAUGAUCUCAGUGGCCUUCCUGGUUAUAGUGGCAGACCAGCUUCAGAAAUUGUCUGUGUACAUAUAUGAACUAAUCAAUGGCUCAUCUGAGAGCGAGAUGCCUCAUCACUGGUACACAGACCAGAGGAUUGCACUCUUCAUCCUGUGCCUCUUCCUCAUCCUCCCUCUCUCCAUUCCUAAAGAGAUCUGGAUACAGAAGUAUACCAGUGUGUUGGGUACCUUAGCUGCCAUCUAUUUGACUGUAGUCAUUACUGUAAAAUAUUAUAUAAGAGCAGUCCCUGAGCACCCCAUAUCAUCUGUGUACAGUAGUGGAAUAAGUUCCUGGACCCCAGUGUUCAGCGUGAUCCCCACUAUCUGCUUUGGCUUUCAGUGUCACGAGGCCUGCAUUGCCAUCUACAGCAGCUUGGAGAAUAAGAAGCUCUCCCACUGGGUUGGCAUCUCAUUUGUGUCCAUGUUCUUCUGCACUGUCAUUUACUCCCUCACAGGGAUCUAUGGUUACCUCACCUUCGGAAAGAAUGUUGCUGCUGAUGUUCUGAUGUCAUACAGUGGAGGUGAUGUCAUCAUUAUUAUUGCCAGGUUGCUCUUUGGGCUCUCCAUCAUCACCAUUUACCCCAUUGUUCUUCUCCUUGGAAGGUCUGUGAUUCUGGCUCCCGUACUGCAGCACAGAGGAAAGUACUUGGUAGUCACUACAAGUUUUGAGAGCUGCACCAGAGUUGCUCUGACCUUGGCCUGGGUCAUCAGCACCUUCCUCAUCGCAGUCGCCGUUCCAGACAUCAGCAAAGUGAUCAGUGUCAUUGGUGGUAUCAGUGCCUUCUUCAUCUUCAUCUUCCCAGGGCUUUGUUUGAUAUUUGCCAUGCACUCACAGCCCGUGUGCACCACACUAAGGUGGGCUCUAAUUGCGUGGGGGGUAAUCAUGCUUUUGUGUGGUAUGUUCAUCUUUGGCCAGAGCACUUCCAUUGCCAUUAUGCAGAUUUUGAAUAAAAUGUAA